AUUCGGGAUAAUGAUUUCUCAUAGAGAGUGUUUGGUCGAAACAGUGUAUUCUUGUGAAACGUAGCAGUGGUGUUGGGUUAAAUUGCACUGCCAUAGCACGGACCAUGCCCUCCAAGAAAUCCAAAUGGGCGAAAAAAUUCAACAAACAUGAACGACAACGGGAAGAAUCGAAAGAAUCUGAUGAAACGUCAAAGCGCAAAGAGGAAGGACAAGCCAAGUCUUCAGCAAAAGCAGAAGGUCCUGAGGAGUCUGAGUCAAACAAAGGUGCUUGUGGAACAUCUGCUGAUGAAAUAUCAGACGAUAAAAGCGCACAUCACAAGCAGGAUCACAGAGGCCGGUAUGGGAGAAAGCAUCCGGAAGGUAGAAGGAGCAGAUUUGACAAACGUCGUCAUGGCAGAGAAAAAGAUCUUCCAGAUACUGAAGUUACAGAGGAGCUAUGUCAAGGUGGUGCACGAAAAAAGACAGCAGCAGCUACUCAGCCUCCAAAUGGAAGCUGGGCGCCGUGCAGUACUACGGCUCGUCCCGAUCCUCCAGACAAAAACCAAAAGCAACAGGCCGGAAAACCUUUCCAAGCGAAUCAGGAAGUUCGUUCACAAAAACCACAGGUACGUCCUCGCGGUGUUUUCCCUAUGAAGAGUGUCUUCGACCUAAAAUCGUUGAAAGAAAUGAGUAGCUAUGAUGUCGUCCACAAGCUGAACGAGAAUAUAGAUCGUUUCAAGUUGCUUUUACGAUCCAAAGAGAAGCAGCAUAACAGCAAUGAAUUCAUCAUGGACCUUACUUGUGUACUCGCAAUUGUCUGCAACGCACCGGCAGGUGAGAAAAGAAACAAUAUCCUAUCUACACUGAAAGGUUCCAUUUUCCUAAAAUUAAAGAUUCCAAGCCUCUUAGAUCGAUCUGUAGGUCCGGUAAUUUCAGGUGACCAAACAUCACAAGAAAGACUAAUUCAGUGGCUGAUCAAAAUAUUUACAAAGUUCUUGAUGCAGUUUCAAAGUUCUUAUGCAGACAUACCUUAUGAACAAUUAAAAAGAGCUUUUGACGCGUGGAACAUCGACAGAAAAGGUGAGAUAGAGAAUGAGCUGAAGGACCUCAAGAGAGCCCGAGAUGACAUAAUAAUAGGGGAAAACCAGAGACACGGACGGCGUUACAUCGACAAAGCUGGUCACAAACCGCCAAACGAUUUUAGGGAUAUACCAAUUUGUCCCACGAACGAAGAAUUAAGAUCUAAUGAACGGCCUUUCCUGCGAAAGAACGUCACCAAGGGGAGGUACGACGAUGCCGAGCACUACCUCGAUGUACAAUUUCGAUUGCUUAGAGAGGAUUUCCUUGAACCAUUGAGAGAAGGAAUCCAAGAGAUUGUUAAAAAUGUACCGAGAAGACAGAAAAACCAGUUAAUUAAGUGUUAUCCAGGAGCACGAAUCGUUGAUAAAACGUUCACACAAUCCGGUGUUAUCUAUCACAUACAAUUUGACGUUUCCAAGUUCAAUACCAGAAGAUGGGCAAAUUCAAAACGACUCAUGUAUGGCUCAUUCCUUUGUCUUUCCAAAGAUGAGUUUAAAACUAUGCUUUUUGCCAUGGUUGCCAAUCGGAAUGCUGAAGAGCUGGCAAGAGGUAAAAUAGAAAUUCGUUUCAUGGAGGAGCAAGAUAUUUUUGGAAUAGAAAACCGGAAGGGCGAGUACCAAAUGGUUGAGUCACCAGCUUAUUUUGAAGCCUAUCGUCAUGUUCUUCGGGGGUUAAAGGAAAUUAAUGAAACCACUUUGCCUUUCAAAAAAUAUCUGGUUGAAUGUAGUACAGAUGUUAGUCCUCCGGAGUACCUAAGUUGCGAGGUUACCCAAGACCCGAUAUGCUACAACCUUAGUGAGGCAUUAGAUGUCCCAAAUGAAGCUAGCGCCUUCAGUGUGCCUGUUCUGCAGUCAGAAGCUUGGCCUUCUGUUAAGAAACUUCCUCUCAACGAGUCUCAGUUUGAAGCAUUGAAAACAGCACUAACAACUGAAUUCUGUGUAAUCCAGGGCCCUCCAGGAACCGGCAAGACGUAUGUCGGAGCCAAAAUUGUUCGAUGUUUAGUUGAGAAUCGAGAGGCAUGGGACCCAGAAAGAACUUCACCGAUGCUCAUGGUCUGUUACACAAACCAUGCUUUAGAUCAGUUCCUGGAAAAAGUAUUGGAAUUUCUUCCCAAGAGGAAAAUCAUUCGUGUUGGAGGAAGAUGCAAGAGUCAACAACUCGAAGAGUGCAACCUGAGGAUAUUUUGCAAUGGAAAUAGAAUGGAUGAAAAGCAAAGAAGAACAUUGCAGAAGAGGAAGCAUUGGAAAAUCAAGGAAACCAACAAAUGUAAAAAAUUUCUCGAAAAAGCAGACUCUGGACUCUUGGAAUUCGAUCAUUUAGAGGAACAUAUAAAUUUUGAACAUGCUGAACAGUUCUACACUGCUAUCUUUCCAUCUAAAGCUGCUGGCAACUGUCAAACACCAGGAAACACCCUCACGCUGUGGUUGUGUAAAAACAGGGAAUUGGACCAGUUGAACCAAAGUUCGGAACCAGAAAGAAAGGAACAGGAAGAAAGUCUCCAAGACCAGCAUUUACUCUAUGGGAAUCAUGCUCUUGAAAAAGAUGAGGUGUCGUAUUAUACCACUUGGUCGACAGAACUGAAGGGAACAAAGGAAAACACGACUGAUAGCCAGCUGCCAUCAGAAAACAAAUUUUAUGAAGAGGACCUCAGUAAGAAAUGGUAUCUAAAUUCAGAAAGCCCUCAGAACCAGCUAAGCAGUAGAAAAUAUGUUGAGCAUGGAUCUCAUCACGCAGUAUCUGAAAAGGCAGGUAGCGUAGAAAACGCCGAAAAUAUCACACCGUUACGAAGAAAUCAAAUCUUGGAAGAAACCAGCUGUGACGAAGUGAAUGGAAUAAAUAACUCUCUCGAGGAGACAAUUGCCGUAGAAAAGGAAGCUGAUCGAAUUCAAAAUCAGAGACGAAUACAAGGAGAUGAAAUCUUUUCCCCGGUAAUGGGAACAGUUUCUGAUAAGCCAUCAAUUGGCUGCACACAAGGACACGAAGACACGGGAUUGGAAAACAACGAAGGAUGGAUACCUGUGCCCUUCAGGAAUAAGCGGGGGAUGACUCCAUGGAACCAAACAGACAACGGUAAAGUUAGAAGCGGAAAUACAACCAAGAAAACCGAUUUUACGGCAAAUGAAAAAGAGAUUCAAUCAGUAAAAGAGGCUCUGAAAAAGGAAGUUACCAUGACAACGACUGAGGCUCACAACAUCAAAAACAUCUGGUCUUUAUCCUACUCGCGUCGACUUCGAUUAUAUCUUUUUUGGGUGGAGAGCUUUCGCGAACGUUACAGAGUGGAACUCCAGAGAAGUGAACAGGAGUAUGAACAACUUUGCCUAGAUAUAGAAGCAAUGAAAUUCGAUGAAGACAAAAAAAUUCUGGGCCGUGCAACUGUUAUUGGCAUGACGACCACUGGUGCCGCAAGAUAUCACUCAGUACUUCAACGAAUUGCCCCAAAAAUCGUCGUCAUCGAAGAAGCUGCAGAAGUAAUGGAAGCACACAUCAUCACGUCUCUGUCACACAACACAAAGCAUACGAUUCUAAUCGGAGACCAUAAGCAGCUCCGUCCGAAAGCGACAGUCUACGAGCUAGCCCAGAAAUACAAUCUGGAAAUAUCCUUGUUCGAAAGGAUGGUAAUGAACAGUAUGGAUUGCAAGCGUUUGUCCAUACAGCACCGCAUGCGCCCCGAGAUAGCUGCUCUGACCAAAAGGAUCUAUGAUCAUGAAAUUGUGGACCACGAGACAGUGGAUCAGUUUGAGGACAUAUUCGGCCUUACUCGGAAUCUCUUCUUUAUUGAUCAUAGUGUGCACGAAGUUCCGGUGGAAGGUCUCCAAAGUUACUCUAACCCUCAUGAAGCUUCCUUUUUGAUAGCACUCUGCAAUUAUCUUCUCCUUCAAGGUUAUCAUCCCAAUCGAAUUACUAUUUUAACCAUGUACAUUGGUCAAUUACUCCUUCUUCAACAAAAUAUGCCUAAAAGAUUUUUUGAGGGAGUCAGGGUCUGUGCAGUGGAUAACUAUCAAGGAGAAGAAAACGACAUCAUCCUUCUAUCGUUAGUGAGAAGCAACUUGGAAGGUCGAAUUGGUUUCUUGAAUGAGUCUAACAGAAUAUGUGUGGCAUUAUCUCGAGCUCGCCAAGGAUUUUACUGCAUAGGAAACUUCAAGUUGUUGAGAAGUCGUUGCAGUCUCUGGAAGGAGAUAUGUACUGAUUUAGAAGCAAAAGAAGCGAUUGGAGAUAAACUACAAUUUAUCUGCAGGAGACACCAAAAUGUCACGGAAGCACGAACCUCAAUUGACUUUAAUCCACUUGGAGGAUGCAAAGACUUCUGCGGAGUCCGUCUUGCUUGUGGUCACGCAUGUGAAAAGCCAUGUCAUGCUGAAGAUUAUUAUCACGAAAAGAGCACGUGCUCAAAACAAUGCUUGAUGAUAUGCUGUUCAAAUGGACACCGAUGCCUACAUAAAUGUCAUCAUCACUCGAAAUGUCCUAAAUGUUAUGUACCUAUGUUGAAGAGGUUGCCGCAGUGUGGUCACGAACAAGAUGUUCCAUGUCAGACUGACCCCGAAAAUUUUUCCUGCAAAGAAAAAUGUGAGAAAAUUCUGCCAUGUGGACACAACUGUCAAGAUUUAUGUGGGAAUCCAUGCACGCGGCUUUGUAAAUUCAGUUGCAAGAAAGUCCUCUCCUGUGGCCACGAAAAAUAUCUGCCCUGUUUCAAAGAUCCCAUAGAUACCAGGUGUACUAGCAGUUGUACAAAAGUUCUCGAAUGUGGUCACCCUUGUUCAAAAAAGUGCAAGGAGCCCUGCAAAUGUAAUACAGAAGUUGAGGUAGACCUUAAGUGUGGCCAUAAAAAGCUUAUGUUAUGUACAAAAAAAGACAAACCACCACCUUGCAAGAAACAAUGUUCAAAAGAAUUGAGCUGCGGACACAUCUGCCCUGGAAUGUGCUUUGAGGACUGUGAAACUCAAAAAUGUAAAACAGAAGUCUUCAAAACUCUUCCAUGCGGGCAUCACCAAAGUAUUGCUUGCCACUUUAAUCCCGACAAGGCUUUUUGUUACGCUCGUUGUCAAAGAGAAUUGAACUGUGGACACAAGUGCCCAUCUGUGUGUGGCCGAGUCUGCGACGAGGUCUUAUGUGAAGAGUCGUGUCAAAUGAAGUGUGAGAGAGGCCACGCAUGUCCAGAACGCUGUCAUUUUGGUUCUUCGUGUCCUGAUUGCAUAGUUAAGGUUGAUGUAAAAAUCCCAAAAUGUGCACAUAGCAUUGAGACGGGCUGUCACGUAGAUCCAUCUUCACUAAGAUGUGAAAAGCCUUGCGAAAAAAGUAAAUCUUGUGGUCAUUCGUGCAAACGUAUUUGUGGCGAGGAAUGUGAAGCUGAGCCAUGCCAAGAGCUCGUUACCAUAACCUUACCUUGUGGACACGAAGCGACCUUAAGGUGUCACAAGAAUCCAGAGAGGUACAUUUGCAAGGAGAAAGUUGAGGUUCAACUUUCAUGUGGACACAAGACGUUACUGAGUUGCCAUGUUGCAAGUGUUGGUGCCAAUAACGCAAAAUGUAACGAAUUAGUCGAUAAAGAACUGCCUUGCAAACACAAACUUACCCUUCCAUGUCACAAACGUCCAGAAGAGUGCAAGUGCAAGAAGAAAGUCGACGUGCAAUUGUCAUGUGGACACAAAAAGUCUCUCCAGUGCUUCGAAGUAGCGGCAGGCCUAGAAACUGUUCGUUGUAUGUAUAAGAUGAAAGUGAAACUACCAUGUGAACACGAGGCAACCAUACCUUGUUACUUAAAGCUUGAAGAGCACUGCUGCCAAGUUGAAACUGAGAUUACCCUUCCCUGUGGACACAAGAAGUUCACAGCAUGCUUCAAAUGGAGAGGUGAGUUGCACGAUAAAUCAUGCAGUGAGAGAGUGACGAGAAAACUUCCUUGCGGACAUGAAAACGAGAUGUUUUGCUCAGAUGAACCAGAUAAUGUAUUUUGUAAUGCUCCUUGUGAGCGUCUCCUUCCGUGCAAGCACACCUGUGCCAAACGAUGUGGCAAUGACUGCGCCAGCUUUAAAUGUUUCAUUACAGUCCAAAAGGAUUUACCCUGUGGAUUCCAUAAAGUAAGUUGUCGUUGUUCGGAUGAUGUUUCCCAGAUGACAUGUCUAAAUGAAUGUGAGCGGAUUUUGCCUUGCGGACACAAAUGCCCCGGUAAAUGCUCAGAGGGUUCGUGUCAGUAUAUCUGCAUGAAAUCGGUAGUCAAGCCCAUAGAUUGUGCGGGUAAGCACUCUGCAAGAAUGAUCUGCAGCGAAGAUCCAAAAUCAGUGAUAUGCAAGGAACAAUGUAACAGAAAACUAGAUUGUGGUCACCAAUGUCCAGGAAUUUGCAGUGAAAACUGCGAGCGUAUGAGGUGCAUUCGAAAAGUGGUGAAGGAAUUUCCUUGUGGUCACAAAGAAUCGCUUAGGUGUUUUCAAAGCAAAGAGGCCAUAUGCAAAGCACGCUGUCAACGACGAAUAAAAUCAUGUGGACAUGUCUGUAAAGGGAUAUGCGGUCAAGACUGUUCAAAAUAUCCUUGUGAUGUACCUGUUGUUAAAACCCGUCGAUGUGGUCACAAGAUCAAAUUGCCUUGUCACCAGUCUGAAAACGAUGUAGAAUGCCUCUCAACGUGUGAAGCAACAUUGCCUUGUGGUCACAGGUGCUCUGAGACAUGUCAGGAGUGUCAAAAAAGCGGCACUCAUGAAUUAUGUCAACGUCCGUGCGGUCGAAUCCUCGUCUGUUCACAUCGUUGUAAUCGUGUGCGCAGUGAGCCUUGCCCUCCUUGUGAAAGGUUCUGCCGCAGACGCUGCCCUCAUGGAGAAUGUGCCAAAAGAUGUUCACAGCUAUGUGAAAGCUGCAGAGAACCAUGCGAAUGGAGAUGUAACCAUUACCAGUGUGACAAUCUAUGUGGAGAGGAGUGUAAUCGCCCCCCAUGUGAUGCUCCAUGCCCUAAGAAGCUCCCUUGCCGUCAUCCGUGUAUUGGAUUGUGUGGAGAAAACUGUCCCACAGUCUGUGCUAUAUGCCAUGCUAAAAAGCUCGCUUCCAUAUUAGCUGAUGGACAGGACAAACAAAGGGAGGCCACAAGGUACUUGCAACUGCUUGACUGCAGUCAUAUCAUUACAGUUGAGAAAAUGGACGCAUGGGUACAGCGUGAACAGGACAGUGAUGUUCAGCUCAUUAGAUGUCCCAGAUGUUCUACGCCAAUAACAUUCAGCUACCGUUAUGGUAAUGUCAUCAAAAGGACACUAAGGAAUGUUGAAACUGUGAAAAAACAAGUACUAGAGCUCGCAAAUGUAGCUGCCACCACUGCAAACAACUUUUUAGGAGAUGAUGGUAUCACCACCAAAAAUGUAAUGGAGAUGAAGUUUCCGCAAGAACUCCUUCGCAAGGUCGUCUACGAUUACGAAGACUGGCGUCACGCACCUGGUAGAGCAAUUCCACUACUGUUUACACUUAAUAAUCACUUUCAAAUUAUGCAUAUCGCUGGAAAGGCAAAACAUCUUUUGCAAGGUUUGACAAGUGACAAAGAAACGAUGCAUCAGAAUGAUUUAAAGGAACUUGCCCUGACAUCCAUAAAUGGCUUGAAAGAGAUCGAAAAGUACCUGAAGAAACCUCAAAUAGAUUUAAAAACUCUAAAGCAAGUGUAUGAUCACACAAGAAAAUUCUUCCUUUUCUCCUUGAUUUUGGACGCUCAAAGGAUGGCCAUUAGGAACCAUAGGUCUUUUUCAGGAAUGGGUGAAUUACGACUGCGGUCGGUUCACGCUAGUUUUAAUUCGUUUCUUCAAGGCCAAGACGAUGCUCUUGAUCUCGACAAGCUUGAACGAAUGGUCGAUUUGUUGAGGAAGGAAGUAGAUCUGCCACCAUUCCCUCUCGCAGAUUCAACUCACCUCGAGAACUUUCCGGGUUUUAACAGAGGUGCGUGGAAGCGGUGCAAACAGAACCACGUGUACUGCACAAGAAUCAUCUUGGAAGAUGGUGAUAGCAUACAUGAGGGAGACGAAGGAUGUAGUCAGUGUGCAAGACUUGAAACUCCAGAGAGAUAUGGCGAUUUUCAAGAUGACUGGAGCUAGCCAAGAUCGGUUUCGUUAAGGUGAUUUCAUAAAAUGGUUAAUUUGAUUAUGGAGCUUGAAACUGAGACGAUCGGCCCGAACGUACUGUUAAGCUAUAAUAGUGAGCAACAAUUGAAAGGCACAAGAAUUCUUCAAGGUCGAGGUGGAGUAUACUCUAAACAGUAAAACGAACUCUGGAACAAAACUAUACUUCAAGUAGGUAAAAAACCUACUGCACUAUUACUCUCGUUAUCCUCACACACACUGACAUUACCACAACCGGAUAUUUUCCACCUGCUUGUUUCUGUUGUCGUACCUCAAGCUUCACUCUUGGCCAGACUUUCUAUCAGCUGAACGUUACAUCACAAGUUUUGCUGGAGGGCAUAAUGAGAACACUUAGUGAAGAUCUGACCGCUGACAAGACAAGUAAUGAACAAUGCUUAGGUGAAUAAGCGAGUAAAGAUUUAUCGAAUUUGAAUCGGAGUAGAGUGAGGAGAAAAUAAUUGAAUUCUAGACAACAAGAAAUUAUGAGCUGGAGAAGACUGUAAAAAAAAAUUGAAUUCGAGUGAUAUUAGAUCAAAGUUUGUGCUGAGAAAUUCCAGUCAAGUUCUUUAGCGAAACAUUGUAAAAAUUGGUAGAAUGAACUGAAAAGGAGGCCUAUCAGCGACAGCACCAAAUGUUACCUUGUUCUACCUAAAAUUCACAUUUUACAAAUUAAUUUUUACAAAGGUAUAGGUGGUUUGCAACCAAUCUCUAGAGACACAGGUAACAAAGGUGAA